AUGUCGUAUGGACCUUUGUCAGACAGAUUCCCUCAUGUGAGAUCAGAGCCUUAUGCGGCUGCGGGCGCUCUUUCUGCCGGUGCGCAGACAGGCGAGGUUUGCCAGUUCUUCGUGAAGACAGGCUGGUGCAAGUGGGGAGAUGGAUGUAGACACGCCCACAUUCCAGGGCCUGAUACUCCGAACGGAGGGCCUGGGCGUCCGCCAGGUCCACCUGGAGAGAAAUCUGGCGAGGUUUGCCAGUUUUUCGCCAAAUCAGGAUGGUGCAAAUACGGCGAUCAGUGCAGACACGAGCACAUCGAGGGGGCAAACCCGGGACGGCCCCCACCAGAUCCGUCAGAACCCUGCAAAUUCUUCGCUAAAGCCGGUUGGUGCCAGUUCGGCGAUAGCUGCAGAUACCAGCAUAUACCUGGUCCAGAAUCGGGCAUGGGUGGAUCCUUGCCAGGGCUCGGGCAGGGCCUCGGGCCCCCAGAUCCGAGUGAACCGAGAGAGACGUGCCAGUUCUUUGCAAAGGCAGGAUGGUGCAAAUAUGGGCCUGCCUGUCGCUAUGCGCACGUACUGUCACCAGAUACGCCACAGCCGCAGCCGGCGGCGAAGUCUGGCGAGGUUUGCCAAUUUUUCUCCAAGUCUGGAUGGUGCAAGUAUGGCGAUCAAUGUAGGCAUGAGCACAUUGGUGGACCAGCACCUCCAGAUCCGAUGUUGGGGGGUGGAUCAGGAGAGGUCUGCAAAUUCUUUGCCAAGGCAGGCUGGUGCCAGUUCGGCGACAGCUGCCGGUAUCAGCACAUACCUGGCCCGGGUAUGGGAAUGGGAGGGAUGGGAGGGAUGGGAGGCUGUGGACCCGGCUUUGGUCCAAUGGGUCCUGGGCCUGGCUAUGGUGGUUUUGGGCCUGGCCCAGGCAUGCCAGGCCCACAGUUCUUUCCCAAGCAGCCCAUCAAGGAGUUGUCCGCUGCAGAAGCGGAGGCUGCUGCAAAGGAGCUCAUCAACUCACCUGGAAUGAAAAGAGCUGAGUCAAUAGGACUUCAGCUUUCUGACGAAGCCGUAAAGGCUCUUCUUACGAUUCCUUCCUCACAUGCCUCUGAGCUUUUGGAAUCUGUCGCAGAGAAGCAUACAACGCUGAGAGACCCCUCAAAUUAUGUGGUCUCAACAAUCGCUAAAGGUUAUGUUCCCAAAGGGCCAUGA